GAAACAGGGGAGAGAGCGGAUAUAAAUACAGCGAGAAUCCAAACAUUUCAGAUCCGUCAAUCUACAUCAGAAGGUUUGCUUCUCACCGGGUUCUGGGUGUUCAUAAUGCUGGCUGAGAAUGGACGCCCCUGAGUACCUGGAUCUGGAUGAGAUUGACUUCACCGAUGAUUUAGUCUAUUCGGUGACAUCUCUGAAGAGCAUUCCUGAGCUUUGUCGGCGAAGUGAUUCUCAGAGCGAAGACAGACAAGUUCCAGCCAUAAACUGGAGUCGCGGCGUGUCAUCUCACAGCGGUAAUGGGAUCAAGCCAGCCGGCAUCACAGAUGUACACAGCAAGUUCCGACCCGUCAAAAGGGUCUCCCCUCUCAAACACCAGCCCGAGGUCUCUGACAGCGGGACGGACGGCAAGAGUCCUCCCCAAAAUGGAGACGGGAACAAGGAAGAAGCCUCGGACAAACUGCCCCGGGCGAAUUUGUCUUCUGGCGAUGGGCAGGGGUUCAAGGGCAAGAAUGUGGGCGGCGGCGGGCCCCUUUUCGGAGAGCUGGAGCACUACGACUUGGACAUGGAUGAGAUCCUGGACGUGCCUUACAUCAAAUCCAGCCAGCAGAUGGCCACCCUGCCCAGGGUGGCCCCAGAGAAAAGGGCGGCGGGCGGUUCCGGCGGCGGCUCCGGCGACCGGGUCCUCGGGGCGAAGCCCUCCACGCUGCCCCACACGGAGAGCCUCGGCGGCGUGAUGCCGUACUGCGCCCUCUCGCCCGUCAAGUGGCCCGACAUCAGGAAGUCUAAAUCCAUGGAUCCCGACUUCCUCCGGCAGCCCGUUCUGGGGCACGACCACUCCCAGAGCUCGCUCAACUGCUCCCUGGCCGCCGACGUGGAGAAGCCCGGCAGGGCCUACCCCGAGACCCGGGCCCACAAGACGGGGGGCGAGAUCCCCGGCAGCAAGUCCAAGAUGUUCUCGCUGCAGGGCUGCCCCGGGGGCAAGGUGGACAACGGCAGGGUCUGGGGCAGCUCCAGGGUUUAUGGGGAGUGUGACGAGGAGGCCAAGAAAACCCAGAACAUCAUCAACAUCAUCCGAGAGGGCCAGAUCUCUCUCCUGCCGCACCUGGCGGCGGACAACCUGGAGCUGAUCAGGGACGAGGAGGGGAACAACCUGCUGCACAUCUCGGCGUCGCACGGGCACGCUGACUGCCUUCAGCACCUCACCUCGCUGAUGGGGGAGGACUGCCUAAAUGAGCGCAACAGCGAGGAGCUAACCCCUGCGGGCCUGGGAAUCAAGAACGGGCACCUGGAGUGUGUUCGCUGGAUGGUGAGCGAGACGGAGGCCAUCGCUGAGCUCAGCUGCUCCCGGGACCAUCCCAGCCUCAUCCACUAUGCCGCGCGCUACGGCCAGGAAAAGAUCCUGCUGUGGCUGCUGCAGUUCAUGCAGGAACAGGCCAUUUCCCUGGACGAGGUGGACCAGAACGGAAACAGCGCCGUGCACGUAGCGGCUCAGCACGGUCAUCUGGGCUGCAUCCAGACCCUUGUGGAAUACGGCUCCAACGUCACCAUCCAGAACCAGCAGGGGGAGAGGCCUUCCCAGAGUGCCGAGCGGCAUGGCCACACCACCUGCUCCCGCUACCUGGUGGUGGUGGAGACCUGCAUGUCCCUGGCGUCUCAGGUGGUCAAGCUGACCAAGCAGCUCAAUGAGCAAACUACUGAGAAGAUGACCCUGCAGAACCAGGUCCAGCAGCUGCUGGAGUCCCCGCACAUGGAGGGCUCGCCAUCACGCUCGCCCAGCGCCCUCCUGUCCCACAUGGAGGCCUGGCCGGAGAUGACGCUGACGGCGGAGGCGGUGCCGGGGGACGGCCACUGGGUGCUGCGGCAGCGGGACGUGGACUCGGACGCCGUGCUGCGGCAGCUCCUGGGGAAGGAGAUCGCCGAGAAGGUGUGCACCAAGGAGAAGCUGUCGCUGGAGUUCCGGGAGGGGGCGGAGCCGGGGGCGCUGCGCCGGACGGGCGUGGUGGAACGGCGCGAGCUCAAGCUGGCGCGCCUCAAGCAGAUCAUGCAGCGCUCGCUCAGCGAGUCCGACUCGGACGCCUACCCGCCCGAGGACCCGCGCCACGCCCCCGCCGCCCGCCCCGACCGGCCCCGGCAGCUGCCCGUCGGCGAGGGCGACGAGCCCGUCGCCAACCUGCACCUGCUGAUGAAGAGGCACGCGUCCGCCGCCGAGCGCAAGUUCUCCUUCGCCCACGGCGCCUCCAAGUCGGCCGAUGGGUACAACCCCUCGCCCACCUCGGACAGCAGCGACGUGGACCACGAGCCCAAACCGGACACUCCCGGGGACGGCCCCGACGGCGCCGGCUCCCAGAAGAUGACCAGUCCCAAAAGUGCACUCAAAUCCCCGUCUUCCAGGAGGAAGACCUCCCAGAACCUCAAACUCAGGGUGACUUUCGACGAGCCGGUCGUCCACAAGGAGGGGCUAGAGACUGAAGCGAAGGCCGCCACAAAAGAGAACGAGAAAGGCGCGACGAGGACUUCUGCGGGGUCCGAAUCGGGAGAGGCAUGGAAGCGCCCUUUCGGGACCUUCCGCUCCAUCAUGGAAUCCCUUAGCGGGAACCAAAACAGCAACAAUAGCAAUCUCCACUCCCCUGUUGUCAAGCACCCUAACUCUGGUGCGUCGCAGGGUUCACCUGGGAGAAAAGCAUCUGAAACGAAAUCCAAUCAGAGUAGCGUCACCAAGUCCAAGAGCAAGACCAGCGCAGUAUAGGAAGUGCCUUUGAUGGACACUCAGGGCCGCGUGGAUCAAGAGCUUAGCAUUCACUAGGCUUAGUGCCCUGUUUCCACCCAAUCUCUAACUAUUUUACUAGUGUUGAAUUUUUCUUACUGAAGGAUAUGUAUGGAUAUUUGCCACAAUCAAGGUGUUUGCUUAAAAAUAAAAAUUUUGAUUGUUCCCAUUAUUAAUUCUGAGUAUUUUGUGUAAGUAUAAGAAGGAAAGCCGUGGAAUGCACAGGGGAUGUAAUUUUCUUUGAGGGAAAAAAUGGUUUUAAUAGGAAGGAACACUUGAUGUACACUUGCACAAUGUAUCGGAGCCACUGUAUAUAUACUAUUUUACACUUAAUCCACCUUGCAUUUUCUACUGUUAGUUUUUGAUUCAGAUGUUGAUUAUUACCAUAUCAAUUACUGUACUGGUGAAAUGUAUUAAUAUGAUUUUACUUGGAUUGUCAUUUUAUACUGUAUUAACUUGUGACUUCACGUCCCAUCAAGAUCACAUAACCCUGUGGUAUGCAGGAUUGAAGAUUGUGAACAAUGGAAAGAAAUCUUGCAGUUUUAUCAUUUUAGCGAUGUUUUGGCACACUGAAUUCCCAAAAAGUAGGUCAUAAGGUGAAGAGCUAUAUGACCAUAACAUAGUUUUUAAAUUAUUGCAGUGAUGUAGAUUAAAGAUGGCUGUAAACGGUAAACGAUGGCCAAGCAGGAUUUGCACGGCACGUCACGUGAAGGCAGUCUGUCGGUGCAGCAUUCUGUCACACAGAGUGGUAAAGUCUGCAAAAUUUUGCGUCAGUAUUAAGACUGCAGUAUUGGCCCACGGUGGCCUUUUUUAUCCAUGGUGUUUGUGUUUUCCUAUUUCCUAGUAAGGAAGACUAAAGAAAUAAUGCAGUAGUGGGCCCACGGUGGCUUGAUUACUGAGCAUUAUCAAUCACUGCACCCUUUUGUCAUGACAUGGCAAGGAACUGAAAGAAAUCAGGGCACAUGUCUACAGAUUGUGUUCAGGUGCUAGUGGUAAUGAGACCGUUUUUUUUGGGGUGCAUGUUAAGGAUUGAGGUGUUCGGUUCAAAUGAAGCAUGUUACUAUCAUACAAUGAAGACCCAACGAAUUCAAUCCCUGUGGCAGACCCUCGGGUUUAUAUUGCACAUUUUAGAUGUUGGAUUAGCUCAGAAUCACUAGAAAUGUAAUCCGACCAAAUGAAGGUGCAGUAUCUUUGAAAAAUGUAUUCUGUUCAGUGCUAACACAUAGGAAUUCAAUACGCUGCUAUUGGCAUUAUCUGGGGAAGAAAUUAUCUGCCAUUUUGUUAUUACUUUACAGUGGUACUUCAACCACUCCAGUUCCUCACUUUUCUGCAUAGGCCUAGGGGGAAGUGAUCUGUCCAGCACAUUUGGCAACUCUCAGAAUAAUUGAAAUUGUAGGUGAAAUUAAAUGAAAAGAAUCUGAAGAUAACCGAAC